AUGGGCGCGUAAACAGCGGCGGGUUCCGUGAGGGCCCCGGGGGUCCCUCCAGGUGAGGGGGGUCCGGCAGGUGAAGGGGGUCCCCAGGUUAGGGGGUCUCCAGGGGGUCCCCCGACCCCCCCGGGGACCCCCACCAUGGACAGCCCGGCCCUGCCCAUCCGCCGCUCCCGCCGCGAGCUGGUGGAGGCCGUGAGAGAGCGGCCCUUCCUCAUCGUCACCGGCGAGACGGGCAGCGGCAAGAGCACGCAGCUGCCCAGGUACCUCUUCGAGGCAGGCCUGGCCAAGCACGGGGCCAUCGGUGUCACCCAGCCCCGGCGCGUUGCCACCAUGUCGGUGGCGCAGCGGGUGGCCGAGGAGAUGGGCUGUGCCCUGGGCACUCUCGUGGGGUACCAGGUCCGCUUCGACGACUGCACCUCCGAGGACACUGCCAUCAGGUAUAUGACUGAUGGCUGCCUGUUGAGGCAAAUCCUGACAGACCCCCUCCUCAGCAAGUACAGCAUCAUCAUUUUGGAUGAAGCCCAUGAGCGCAGCCUCAGCACUGAUAUUUUAUUUGGUUUGCUGAAGAAACUCUUUCUACAGAAGAAAGCCCCGGACAGGAAGACGGAGAUGAAGGUGGUGGUGAUGUCGGCCACCCUGGAGGUGGACAAGCUCUCCGAGUUCUUUGGACACUGCUCAGUGCUGCACAUUCCAGGGAGGAGUUACCCUGUCAAGGAGAUAUUCUGCAACCUGCUGAGCCCCAGGGACGUGGGCAGCUCUGCCUAUGUCACAGAGGCUGUGAAAGUCACACUGGAUGUCCACCUGAAUGAACCAGAAGGCGACAUCUUGGUCUUCCUGACAGGUCAAAUUGAGAUAGAAAAAGCCUGUGACUUGCUCUUCAAGAAAGCAGAGUCUAUUGAUUACCGCUACGAGGUGCACGAUCAGGCCGUGGAGGGAUUGCUUAUCCUACCUCUGUAUGGCUCAAUGUCAACAGAUCAACAGAAAAGGAUAUUUUUGCCAGCUCCUACAGGCAUUAGAAAAUGUGUGGUGUCCACAAACAUUGCUGCAACAUCUCUGACCAUCGAAGGAGUCAGGUACGUCGUAGACAGCGGGUUUGUGAAGCAGCUGAAUCACAACCCCCGAGUUGGCUUGGACAUACUGGAGGUGGUUCCCAUUUCAAAGAGCGAGGCGAAGCAGCGAGCUGGCCGAGCCGGCAGGACCUCGUCCGGGAAGAGCUACCGGCUGUACAGCAGGGAGUUCUGGGAGCAGUGCAUGCCUGACCACACCGUCCCAGAGAUCAGGAGGACCAGCCUGACAUCUGUCAUCCUGACCUUGAAGUGCCUCUCCGUGCAUGAUGUCAUCAGAUUUCCCUAUUUGGACCCCCCUGAAGAAAGACAUAUUUUAGAAGCUCUCAAGGAACUUUACCAGUGCAGUGCUAUUGACAGGAGAGGCCAUGUGACAAGACUGGGAGAAUUCCUGGUGCAGUUUCCCCUCCCUCCCAACCUGAGCUGUGCUGUCAUAAAAGCUGCUUCCCUUGACUGUGAGGAUCUCCUGCUUCCCAUUGCAGCCAUGCUGUCCGUGGAAAACGUCUUCAUCCGGCCAGGUAGGAAGCCUCUUAUCCCCAAAGCAGCCCCAUAUGUUUUUAAAGCUUCCCAUGAGCUUGGAGUCAGGGCACAUUGCAUGCCAGGAAUUGGACAACAGCUGUUCCAAAGGCUCCAGACCAGCAUGGAAUUGGGUUGCCUUUGUCCCAAGGCUGUGAGCUGGGAAGCAACGUUUGCGUAAGCAGGAGGAUGCUGAGAGGUCAUGAGGGGGAAACUGUGUUACAGGAGGGAAAAGAGUAAAAAAAAACCCCCAGAAAAGCAAAAUGCACCACAGCAGAUGUUUUGCUGUUGGUCUGAGUACAGACAACAGGGACUGAUUAAUUUGUUUUUAAUGAACGGGGUCACCUCUGGAUUAUCUUUCCUGUCAAUAACUCUGUUUAACCAAACAGACCUUUUAAGUUACUGUGAGAAGCUCAGCUUGUCACUGCCUCCUUUCCAGUGUUUUUCUAAAUGGAAAAUACAGUUUUGCUGUGGUUCCAGGGUAGCACCUUUCGUAGUGCUAAACCCAGUCUCUCACAUUCUCCUUUCCCCUCCUGUCUGUCCCCCUUUGUGCUACAUAUAUUUAUAUAUGUCCUGUCUUUGUGGGAGACCUUUGUCCUUCCCAGUCACUCCCUGGCUCUUGUCCAGUUAUCCCUGUAGUCCAUUAACUGUCCCUGUUAGCACAACAGCCCCAGACACUGCUGACACCACUGAUAACCUGGAAUCUGCUCCGGGGUCCUUCCCAUUCCCACAACUGUCCCUGUGCUUUCCCAUCCUCCCUCUGGCAACGUGCCCUUGUUCUCUGAGGCAUUUGUAACUCUUCAGCAACCCUGAACACUGGGAAGAACAUGGAACUCCCACCCUGAAGGCACCUCAGGGUGUGUAGGAUCAGGCCUCCUUCAUCCAUGGUACCUUUAAUACCCACAAACUUCUGCCAUCCUCUACAACAGCAGCACUGCAAAGGCCUUUGCAGUUGUGUCUCCCCCUCCUGAGGGGAAAAGGUUGUGCUGGAGAAGAAAUUCUCGGGGUAUUCAAGCCUUGAAAUAACACUUUGGAAGUGUUGCUUUUGCCCAGCACAUUCCUAGCACUUAGUGAAGGUGGAUUCCCACUAAACUCACAGAUGCACAUGUUUUUCUAGACUCUUAUUUAAGACCUCCACUGCUGUGGCCCUGGGACAAAAGCUGAGUUAAAUAGAUUAGAUGGGGUGGUUUCAACAGCCUUGUUUUUUCUCUCUCAGGGUAAAACUUCCACUUGAUCCUCGGGAGCUGUUUGUUUAAGGUCCCUGUUCCUUUAUCUUUCCAUGUCACCAUCUGAGCUGAUUGUGAGAGAGAAAUAUGUAGAACCUUUCCAAGAGAGCAGAGUUCUUCAUCUCUAUUUGCUGACUGAUGAGAUUAAUGACAGAUUUAAUAGCAUCUACAUGCUCUUGUUCAGCAGGAAUGGAAGGAGGAAGAGCUGUAAAU